GCGUAAAUGUAAUAAAACCUUUCAUUGGAGUCUAGAUUUUAGUUUGAUGACCUGGGUACAUUUAAUUUGUUUGUUCUUUAAUGGGCGUCUUCUUGUUUUGUUAAUGAUGGAAAUUUGAGAUGUAGUUGAUGGAAUGUGUAUAAAGAGGGAAGAAUUGUUUACGCUGGCAUUCCGGUUUCAGUUCUGCGAAGUGUUUAAUGUAUAUAUACGGGAUUCUUAUUGAUUGGAGAGGAAUGUCAAUUGAAUUGACUUUGUCGUUUUUGCAAUUUAUUUUAGAUUAUAGGAUAUUGAUGAACGUUUAAUCCUAUAGGAAAUUGCUAGUAAAUUCAGUAAACUAUCUAGAAGUCUAUUCUUUCUCAGAGGCACUUAGUUUUUGAAUGCUACAUUCUCAAUCUUUUUUCCCUCAAAGAAGGGACUUGUGCAGAAAUUUGACUCCAGAUGUGGUUAAUGUAAGAGAAAAAGGUGUAUGCAUACAGUCAUACAGAACUGAAGAAAUAAAUUAUUAUAUACAUGUUAAGGAGAAGGAUAUGUGUAGCAGUGAGAGAGGCAGGAAUGAGAGAGAGAUCCUAUAGACGUGAUAAAAUUAUAGAAGGCCUUAAUAUCACUGAUGAAAUGUUGAGUCCUGAUUCUGUAGAUAGGCAAUUGAAUGAUCAAAUUUCUCUAGCAAAGGCAUUUCUUGUCAUUGCUAAAGAAAGCAACAACCUCCAAUUUGCAUGGGAACUUAGUGCUCAAAUUCGUAACUCACAAAUCCUUCUUUCUAAUGCUGCUUUAAGAAGAACUCCUUUGACAACAAGUGAAUCAGAAACUGCAAUUCGUGAUAUGGCACUUUUGCUCUUCCAAGCCCAACAACUCCACUAUGACAGUGCAACCAUGAUCAUGAGACUGAAAGCAAAGAUCCAGGGUCUCGAAGAACAAAUGAAUUCUGUUAAUGAGAAGAGUUCAAAGUACGGACAAAUAGCUGCUGAAGAAGUUCCAAAGAGUUUGUAUUGCCUUGGUGUCCGGUUAACAAGUGAAUGGUUCAAGAAUUCAAAUUUACAGAGGAAACUCAAGGAGAGAAGGCAAACUGCGAUAAAACUCAAGGAUAAUAACCUUUAUCAUUUCUGCAUCUUCUCUGACAACGUCCUUGCAACUUCAGUUGUGGUAAAUUCAACAGCAUGGAAUUCCAAAAAUCCUGAAACUGUAGUGUUCCACCUCAUAACUGAUGAGGUGAAUUAUGCUGCAAUGAAUGCUUGGUUCACUACAAACAGUUUCCAGGGAGUAACUGUGGAUGUUCAAAAGAUAGAAGACUUUAGCUGGUUGAAUGCUACUUAUGUUCCUGUUCUUAAGCAACUUCAAGACUCGGACACCCGAAACUACUAUUUUUCUGGUAGCGAUGAUGAUAACCGUACUCCAAUCAAGUUCCGGAAUCCUAAGUAUUUAUCUAUGCUUAACCACCUCAGAUUCUACAUUCCCGAAGUUUUUCCUGCACUGAAGAAAAUAGUUUUUUUUGAUGAUGACGUUGUAGUUCAGAAGGACCUGUCAUCCCUGUUCUCCAUAGAUCUGAAUGGAAAUGUCAAUGGCGCAGUGGAAACAUGCAUGGAGACAUUCCAUAGAUACCACAAGUACUUGAACUACUCUCACCCUCUAAUUCGUGAACAUUUCGAUGCUGAUGCAUGUGGGUGGGCAUUUGGGAUGAAUGUUUUUGACUUGGUCCAGUGGAGGAAAAGAAAUGUCACAGGCAUCUACCACUAUUGGCAGGAAAAGAAUGUGGACAGGACCUUAUGGAAACUAGGCACCCUGCCCCCGGGAUUGUUAACUUUCUACGGAUUGACAGAGCCUUUAAAUCCCUCAUGGCAUGUUCUAGGUCUUGGAUACACAAAUGUCGAUCCUCAGUUGAUCAAGAAGGGAGCUGUGCUGCAUUUUAAUGGGAACUCGAAACCGUGGUUAAAGAUUGGGAUGGAAAAGUAUAAACCCCUUUGGGAUAAAUAUGUGGAUUAUAGUCAUCCUCUAUUACAGCAGUGCAAUGUUCACUAAUUUCAACUCAGCAUCUAUGUGACUCACUUGUUAAGACAAUUAUGUAUCCAGGAACUUUGCAUCAUAUGUCGCAGAGGCUUCCAUUUGGACCAUAUUCUGUAUGCAGGGAUUUCUUCAACUAAAUUAUUUAUUGGAUGAAAGGGCUUCUUGUAAUCAUUGGUAUUUUAUUUUUUCUAAAUUUUUGUUGUAAUAUCAUUGAUAUGGUUUGGUUGCA